AUGGAAGGUGGGAGCCCGGUGGAGGCAGGAGGAGCAGGCGGCGGACCCGACGUGCGGUGCCCCGGCAGCCGGGGAAGCUGGAGGAAGGGACCGGCGGGGCAGCGCCGCCGGAAGAGGCGGGCUCGGUCGGGGCCGGCGCGCAGCGGCCGCAUGGGUGGCGUGUGGGGUCGGGCAGCGCGGCUCGGCUUCUGCGCGACCCGAACAGCAGCAGCGGGCCCGCUCAGCGACCGGCGGUGGCUGGGCUGGCUGUCAGGUGCCGCGGCGGGCCCGCUGCUGCUGCUGGCGCUGCCCCGCGGCCCUGUCCGCCCGCCGGCCGCGCUCGGCGCCGCGCCUCACUUCCUGCGCGCCGGGGCGGAGCGCAGCGCCUGGGGACGCCGCUACGAGACCGGCGGCGGCAGCAGCACUAGCAGCGUCGCCGUGUACAUCCCCGGAGAGCAGUCGCUCGCCAUGCCCGCCGCCGGGCCCGCCGCCAGCCCCGCCGAGCCGCAGACACCGUCGGGAGAGGAGUCUCUUCGCCGCGGCCGCCGGAGAAAGGCCAAGGAGGGGAGCCGGGCGAAGGUGAAGCGGCUCAGCAAGAUCGAGGGGGAGCAAACCCAACCUGAAGAGAACGGGCUGGGGGACGGUGACAUUGAGCCUCCCGUGGCCAAGAAGACAAAAAAAGUCAAGGAGAAGGCAAACGGUUUGGCUGGAGAGACCAACGUCUGCGAGCACACGGUGAAUUUUUCCUCUGCUGUAAGCAAUGGUGUGACAUCCCAGAGCGCCUCCGGGGACACUGACGCUGGAGAGCAAGACAGCGUAGCGGAGGAGCUGACAGAAGAAGAAAAAGAAGGUGCCUUCUCCAAUUUCCCUCUCACCCAAGACACCAUCAACCUUCUCAAAGCUCGAGGUGUAAAGUACCUGUUCCCUGUGCAAGUGACGACUUUUCAGCCCAUCUAUGAUGGCAAAGAUGUAAUUGCUCAAGCUCGAACAGGAACUGGGAAAACCUUUUCUUUUGCUGUUCCACUGAUUGAAAAACUUCAGAGUGUCUCACAAGAUGGAAGAAGAGGCCGUGCACCAAAAGUGCUGGUUCUUGUUCCAACCAGAGAACUGGCCACUCAGGUAGCCAGAGACUUCAAGAAUCUCACCAGGAAACUGUCAGUGGCUUGUUUUUAUGGAGGGACUCCAUAUAAAGAACAGCUUGAUAUCCUUAAAAGUGGCAUUGAUAUUCUAGUGGGAACUCCUGGACGAAUCAAAGACCAUGUUCAGAAUAGCAAACUGGAUCUUUCCAGUGUGAAGCACGUUGUUUUGGAUGAAGUUGACCACAUGUUAGACAUGGGCUUUGCUGAACAAGUGGAAGAAAUCUUAGGAUUUGCUUAUAAAAAAGAUUCUGAGAACAACCCCCAGACACUACUGUUUUCUGCAACUUGUCCACGAUGGGUAUAUGAUGUAGCAAAAAAGUACAUGAAAGAUGAAUAUGAACAGAUUGACUUGAUUGGAAAGAAGACUCAGAGGACUGCCACGACUGUGGAACACUUGGCUAUACAGUGUCGCUCAUCACAGAGGGCAGGAGUUCUUGGGGAUAUCAUUCAAGUCUACAGUGGCAGCCGUGGGAGAACCAUCGUCUUCUGUGAGACCAAAAGGGAAGCAAAUGAACUGGCUAUGAAUGCUUCACUCAAACAGGAUGCCCAGUCAUUGCAUGGUGACAUUCCACAGAAACAGAGAGAAAUUACAUUAAAAGGCUUUAGAAAUGGUGUGUUUGAAGUUCUGAUUGCAACAAAUGUAGCUGCCCGUGGUUUGGAUAUUCCUGAGGUUGACCUUGUUGUACAGUGUUCACCACCAAAAGAUGUUGAUUCCUACAUCCAUCGUUCUGGACGGACAGGUCGAGCUGGACGGACUGGAGUCUGUAUUUGUUUAUUUCAGAGAAGAGAAGAAGAUCUUUUGAAGCAGGUUGAGCACAAAGCGGGGAUUACGUUUAAGCGUGUGGGUGUUCCUACUGCUACAGAUGUAAUUAAAGCUUCAAGUGAUGAUGCCAAAAAGUUGUUGGAGGCCAUUCCUCCUGCUGCAGUUGACUACUUCAGAAAAUCUGCUCAAGAGCUCAUAGAUGAAAAAGGAGCAGUUGCUGCCCUGGCUGCAGCUCUAGCCCAUAUUUCUGGAGCAUCUUAUGUGCAGCAGCGCUCCUUACUCAACUCAACUGCCGGCUUUGUGACCAUGGUGUUGAAGUGUUCAAUAGAAAUGCAUACCAUGGGCUAUGCCUGGCGAGGACUCAAAGAACAGCUUGGGGAGGAAGUAGAUGAAAAAAUUUCUUCAAUGCGUUUCCUCAAGGGGAAGAUGGGAGUGUGCUUUGAUAUCCCUGUUGGUGAGCUGAGUAACAUACAGGAACAGUGGAGUGACACCAGGCGCUGGCAACUAUCAGUGGCAAAGGAAUUGCCUGAGCUGGAAGAGUUACCUCAGGAGGCCGGACGAGGGUUCUCCAGGUUCGGAUAUGGAAGGCAAGGUGGCAGUGGUGGCGGUUUCAAGAGAAGCAACUGGUUUAAGAAUGGAAACUGAGGACAUGGUUUUAAUGGGUCACUUGAGUAACCUCUGGUACAGAUCUGGACUGAGAUGAUUUUUAUCAAAAAGUAAAAGCCUGUCUAGUAACA